AUGCGUGGUUCUAGCCGCAUCAAGUCCGAUGAUCCACAGAGGAGGGAGAGGGUAAUCCGACUGGGCAAGCUGCCGGAUGCUACAUCGAUCCAUCCUUGGGGCCAACAUGGACGCAAUGAGCCACCGGUCAUGAUUUCGGGGUCCAGCGAUAGACCACCGACAAAGCGGAGCAGCGCGGACAGACAGGGGAUUGGUAUGCCUCCGCCAUCGGCACUCUCCUGACUUGCGGCGCCUCGGCAGCAGGGACAGUAUAAAAAAAAAAGGUCAGGCGUCCGUCCGUCAUGUGUG